CAAGAAUCAAAUCAUGACGACCAAUCUAUGGGUGGAGCAGUUCUGGUACGACUACAAGCUGAAGUGGGACCCGGAGGAGUACGGGGGCGUGCUGAUGUUACACGUGCCCUCUGACCACAUCUGGAGACCUGACAUUGUUCUCUAUAACAAUGCCGAUGGGAACUUCGAAGUGACUCUCUCGACCAAGGCCACGCUUCACUUCGACGGGCUGGUUGAGUGGAAGCCUCCGGCCAUCUACAAGUCUUCUUGCGAAAUAGAUGUCGAGUUUUUCCCUUUUGACGAGCAGACCUGCGUCAUGAAGUUCGGUUCUUGGACCUACGACGGAUUCCAGGUAGACCUCAGACACAUCGACGAGGUCACUAACAACCCCAUUGUGGAGAUCGGCGUCGACCUCACAGAGUUCUACAUGUCGGUCGAGUGGGACAUCUUGGCAGUACCGGCAAUCAGGAACGAGAAAUAUUACACGUGUUGCAACGAGCCGUACCUGGACAUUACCUUCAACAUCACGAUGAGGAGAAAGACGCUCUUCUACACCGUUAACCUCAUCAUCCCCUGCAUGGGUAUCUCCUUCCUCACCGUGCUGGUCUUCUACCUUCCCUCAGACUCCGGCGAGAAGGUGAGCUUAUCAAUCAGCAUCCUCCUCUCCCUUACCGUCUUCUUCCUACUGUUGGCUGAAAUCAUCCCGCCAACAUCACUCGUGGUUCCGCUACUGGGAAAAUUCGUCCUGUUUACAAUGAUAUUAGACACGUUAAGCAUCUGCGUCACGGUGGUAGUGCUCAACGUGCACUUCAGAUCCCCGCAGACGCACUCCAUGGCGCCCUGGGUCCGGAGGGUCUUCAUUCACAUCCUUCCUCGCCUCCUUGUCAUGCGUCGACCCCAGUACCAGAUGGACCGUCACCGCCUCUUUGCCAAGACCAAGGCUGGGAUGCUGAGAUCUUGCAACGGUGGAGAUAUGCGAGAAUCUUGCAACUAUUACUCUUCAGACUCCUUCCAAGAUUCCAGAGACAACUCCUUCAGCCAACAGGAGCUGAGGGACGCCAUCCAGGAAGGUCUCAUGUACAUGGGGAUACCCAGUAGUCGUCCUCGGUCCCCACACAGCGAGUAUUCUCCCAGUGAUUAUGCCUAUGGUCAUCUGCUGGCUGACGCAUCGCCCUACGAGCAGCGGGGGACUCUCUGUAUGCAUCAUCAUCGAGACAUAGAGUCGCUGGGUAUAAAUGGCGGGUGCAAGAUCCACGGGCCCGCGGCGCUAGCGGAUGACCUCGGGGUCGGCCUCAAUGGCAACGUGGGGUCACCGGGCAGGGGCACGACGGAGACCGGUAGUACCCAGUACUGCCCGGAGGUCAUAAAGGCCUUCGAGGGCGUCAAGUUCAUAGCAGAACACACACGAAGGGAAGAGGAAUCUUGCAAGGUCAAAGAAGAUUGGAAAUAUGUGGCGAUGGUGCUUGACCGACUAUUCCUGUGGAUAUUCACCUUGGCCGUGCUGCUGGGCACCGCCGGCAUCAUCCUACAGGCGCCUACGCUAUACGACGACCGACUCCCCAUCGACAUCGUCUACUCCGAGAUCGGACAAAUCAGGAACCAGCCCAAGACGACAUCAGCCCCGUCCAGCGUAACCUGAGGAGUCUCCACACCGAAGUCAGCUUAGAGCCUGCAUCGUCGUCGGCCAGUCAGCGCUCCACUCAGCGCUGGCUAACCACAUCUAGCUCAGAUCUGUAUCAUAGCGAAACAUUUACACGAUUACUAGUGUAUCACGGGCUCACUUCAGUACAAGGAAACAUCCUAUUGUACUAAAAGGUAGUAGUUCAUCUCUUCCGAUCUCCAUUCCUCGUUUCGGUUGACUGUAGCGUAACUAAAGUGGACCGCACUUCACACGAUCUGAGAUUCAAGUUGUAAGCGAUGUUUCGUGAGAAAGCACAACGACAUUCAAGCUCAGUGCCUACAGGAAAUAUUGGCACAGUGUCGGUGGUGGCACUUGUGCGUUCUGUAACACACUCCCUGAAGACCGUAGGCUGCCAGGUUGCUCAAGUGUUCAGAUCAUAGUGGACUACAAGUAGCCUAGGUCAUAAUGGGCUACAAGUAGCCUAAGACAGUGUUCUUCAAGUAGCCUAAGACAUAAUGGACUACAAGUAGCCUAAGUCAUAAUGGACUACAAGUAGCCUAAGACAUAGUGAACUACAAGUAGCCUAAGACUACAGUAUUAUGGCUGUAACGUCUAUGUACCUUGUGUGAACUCAACAUGCGUGCUACGUAACUCUACUUGUACCGAGCUUCCUGAAAAACUGUGGAAUUUCUAUUGAGUCAAUAUUAUUUCCAUAUUGUAAUACUUUCUUUGUAACAAAAAAAACAUGUACCUUCCCACUAUUGUAUGUACAUUGUAUUUAGACAUUUUAUAAAGCUACUUCUGUUGUAGAACGAAGCGGGUGGUGCUCCAAAAUCUAUUAUACACCCAUCGAGUGUAGAUAUAAGAAUGUAGAUAACAUAAAUGUUCUACAGAAGUAACAUUGCGGAGGACCCAAUGUAAACAUCUUUUUCGUACACUCCCCCUGUGUCAUCAAGGACGUAUUUACCUACGGAUGAAUACCAUUUCGACCACAUAACUUCGUUUAUAGAGAUUUAAUACACAUAUACGCAUACAUACAACCACCAACAUGCAUGCGUAUCAAACAUACAUAGGCAUACAGCGAGUGUAUUUUUUCCGGAAUACACUCAAGUCAUUCUAAAGAACCAGGACUGGUGUACAGACGAAGGAAUAUUAUUGAGGUUAAUCACAAGACGUACACACCUUCUUAGAGUACAUAUUGGCCAGUACACACGUACACACCUUAGUGAAGUAUUUAUGUACACCCUUCACCCUUAAGUUGGUUCACAUUCCCUAUUAUAUCUCUUAAGAUGGUUUACUGUCUUAAGUAAACCCGUGCAUCUUUAGUAGUUUACUUAAAGUAUAAUGCAUUUUUUUUUUUUUUUGCCAUAGGAGGUUGUGCCUUCCUACUAAAUGCCAUUGAAGUGUAUGGGUAGGUCAGGUGUAGUGUAUGGGUAGGUCAGGUGUAGUGUAUGGGUAGGUCAGGUGUGGUGUACCAGUAGGUCAGGUGUAGUGUAUGGGUAGGUCAGGUGUGGUGUACCAGUAGGUCAGGUGUAGUGUACCAGUAGGUCAGGUAUAGUGUAUGGGUAGGUCAGGUGUAGUGUACCAGUAGGUCAGGUGUACUGUACCGGUAGGUCAGGUGUAGUGUACCAGUAGUACACACACACACACACACACACACACACACACACACACACACACACACACACACACACACACACACACACACACACACACACACACACACACACACACACUCACGCACGCACGCGGACAAAGCUCCAGCUCAUCCUAGGAAAUGAACUGAUGUAAACACCCAAAGAAUACUGCUUGUUUUGAACCAACUCUUUCCAGUUGUACAAUACCGGGUUAUUUUCCUCGAAGCUCUGACUCAAGCUUUCACUUGUCACUCUGCCAAUCGACCUCUCACUCAAGUUGCAGCUAUAGGUGAUGUGCUAGUGAUUGUGAAGAAUAUAUGUGUUUUCUAGGGUUCAUUUCUGUUUAGGUAGGUUUCUGUUGGUUAAUAUUCAGGGGUUUCGGACCAUUUCUGUUUUGUUAAGAAUCUAAGUUUUUUUUAGUCUUGUCCCAAAGGUGGAGUUUAUUUGGCAACGUCACUCAUCCUAUGAGUGAACAUACUGCCAUGGUGACAGUAUUGGGCAGCGUCACUCAUCCUGUGAGUGAGCAUACCGCCAUAGUGACAGUAUUGGGCAGCGUCACUCAUCCUGUG